AUGCCUAUUUUCGAGGCACCUCGACGGGUCGGCAAAAGCUGUCUUUUGAUGAGGUUUUGCGACGAUAUGUUUACGCCCUCCUUUAUUUCUACGAUUGGGAUCGACUUUAAAAUCAAAACAGUCACCAUUAAUGGCAUGAAGGUUAAGCUUCAAAUUUGGGACACGGCUGGCCAGGAGCGUUUCCGAACCAUUACCACAGACGUGCAAGAGUGGCUUCAAACCAUUUCCCAGCAGGCCGAUCCAAACGUCAGGCUGAUCCUUGUCGGAAAUAAAUGCGAUUCAAAGCAUGAAAGGGCGCUGCUAUUUGCUCAAGAAAAAAAAAUGGAUUUCAUCGAGGCAUCUGCUAAAGAAGACAUUUGUGUGGAUGAGAUUUUCUUGAGACUGGCAACGUCCAUCUCAAACGAUCUAAAAAAAACGGAGUCCCUUAGUCAGCCCUCAUCUCCUUUAAUGGAAUUGAGGCAACGGGGAAAAGAUACCAGGCGAUCUAAUCCCAAUCCCAUACUCCAUGUAGACUUAAAUACGGUGAACAAAACUUCUGAAUGCAGCAAUAAGAAGCAACACUCAUUUAGAAGAUGCUGUUAG